AGUAGUGCCAUGCGUAAAAUAUCUAAAAGUAGGGGAGAUGACGAUGUUGUUUCCUCUACCAAUGGAUCUGGAUCUGUAGCUGAGGCUGACGAGGUUCAGCCAGAACAACCGCCGCCUGAUGAAGAUAAUAAAGAGGACAACGAUGGGAAGGAAGACGAUCUAGAGAAAGAGGAUAAUGGCGUAGAGCAGGAGUUGGACGAGGAGGAGGAGGAAGCGAGCGCUAAAAAGAGUAAAUCUAAAAGUAAGGCAAAACCCAAAAAGAAAAAAUCCGAUAAAGCCAAAAAGGCAGCCAAGGAUGAGGAAUAUGAGGUAGAAAAAAUAAUUGACUCUAAGCGCAUAAAGGGAAAAAUUUACUAUUUGAUAAGAUGGAAGGGAUAUUCUGCUGAUAGUGACACCUGGGAACCACAGCACACCGUGUCCUGCCCCGACCUGAUUUCUAAGUAUAACGAAGAAAAAGAAAAUUCCAAGAAUGAUUCCCCUAAAAGAGGCAAAAAGAGAAAAGCUACUAGUAAGAAAGUUAACAAAUCACCAGCAAAGAGAACCAAAUCUUCCUGGGAUAGCGAAAAAGCUGAUGAAAAUGAGGAGUAUGAAGUUGAACGCAUCUUGGAAGUGCAAUUUAAGAAAAAUGGGCAGAGACAAUUCCUGAUCCAUUGGAAGGGAUGGUCAAGUAAAUUUGACUCCUGGGAGCCAGAAAAUAACCUCAACUGUCCUGACUUGAUCAAGAAAUUUAUGGAUAAGGUGGAGGCUGCACGCAAAUUAGAUUCACGAAACCUGCGAGUGGCCCCGGGAACCACAAACCGCUUCACCCUGCAAAGCCCGACAUCUGGCCGCCGGCUGAGCAAGAGAAGGGGACAACGUCAGAGAGUGCGGUAUGAUGAUGCGGAGUAGAGAAUUUGCUAAGUUCUCUCGUCUUCAAAAAUAUUUCGUAGGCACUGUGUGAACUAUUUGUGAACUCUAGAUUAAGAUAAAAAUUUAAUUAACAACAUUGGAUUUCCAGGCCAAAGUUUUAUUAUUUUGUAAUAAUUUCGUGCAGACUCUGAAUUGUUUUUAUGUUAAAUAUAAGACAUUUUAGCUAAGUCUGGAGUAGAUAAAUAAAUGAUUUCCAACAGGGAACCACUAUAUCAUGAGAAGGCAUUAUUCAGUUAAAAAUAGAAACUUGUGCAAUACUAUUAUCAGAGUAAUAGUGCUGCUGCUUUAUAU